GACGCAGAGCCGCCGCGUCGCCGCUGUCCUCUGGGUGGCCCCAGCGCGCACCACCACUCAUUGAGCCGAGGAAGGUGAGGCGAGAGGAGGCUGGUGCUGAGCUCACCAACUCCACCCGGGACCGGGCAGACAAAAGAGGCCGGCGGUGCAGCUCACGGGGACGCGAUGGCGGGGCUUGGAGGACGGGCGCUACUGGCGCUGUGCGCAGCGCUGGUGGUCGGCGGGUGGCUGCUGGCGGCUGAAGCCCAGGAGCCCGGGGCGCCUGCGACCGGCAUGCGGCGGCGCCGGCGGCUGCAGCAGGAGGACGGCAUCUCCUUCGAGUACCACCGCUACCCGGAGCUGCGCGAGGCGCUGGUGUCCGUUUGGCUGCAGUGCACCGCCAUCAGCAGGAUCUACACUGUAGGGCGCAGCUUCGAGGGCCGGGAACUCCUGGUCAUCGAGCUGUCUGACAACCCUGGGGUCCAUGAGCCUGGUGAACCUGAAUUUAAAUACAUUGGGAACAUGCAUGGUAAUGAGGCAGUUGGACGAGAACUGCUCAUCUUCUUGGCCCAGUACCUGUGUAACGAGUACCAGAAGGGGAACGAGACAAUUGUCAACCUGAUCCACAGUACCAGAAUCCAUAUCAUGCCCUCCUUGAACCCCGACGGCUUUGAGAAAGCCGCAUCUCAGCCUGGUGAGCUGAAGGACUGGUUUGUGGGCCGCAGCAAUGCCCAGGGAAUAGAUCUGAACCGUAACUUCCCGGACCUGGAUAGAAUCGUGUAUGUUAACGAGAAAGAAGGCGGCCCCAACAAUCAUCUGCUGAAGAACUUGAAGAAAAUUGUGGACCAAAACGCAAAGCUUGCCCCGGAGACCAAGGCUGUCAUCCACUGGAUUAUGGACAUCCCCUUUGUGCUUUCUGCCAACCUCCACGGAGGAGACCUUGUGGCCAAUUACCCUUAUGACGAGACCAGGAGUGGCACCGCUCACGAAUACAGCUCCUGCCCCGAUGACGCAAUUUUCCAAAGCUUGGCUCGCGCAUACUCUUCCUUCAACCCAGUCAUGUCUGACCCCAAUCGACCUCCCUGCCGCAAGAAUGACGACGACAGCAGCUUUGUAGACGGGACGACCAAUGGCGGUGCGUGGUACAGCGUACCGGGCGGAAUGCAAGACUUCAAUUACCUGAGCAGCAACUGCUUCGAGAUCACUGUGGAGCUUAGCUGUGAGAAGUUCCCACCUGAAGAGACCCUCAAAAGCUACUGGGAAGAUAACAAAAAUUCCCUCAUCAGCUACCUGGAGCAGAUACACCGAGGAGUUAAAGGGUUUGUCCGUGACCUUCAAGGUAACCCGAUUGCUAACGCAACCAUCUCCGUGGAUGGGAUAGACCACGAUGUCACUUCGGCUAAGGAUGGGGAUUACUGGCGAUUGCUUGCACCUGGAAACUACAAACUUACAGCUUCAGCGCCUGGCUACCUGGCAAUAACAAAGAAAGUGGCAGUUCCUUUCAGCCCCGCUGUUUCGGUUGACUUUGAGCUGGAGUCUUUCUCGGAACGGAAAGAGGAGGAGAAGGAAGAGCUGAUGGAGUGGUGGAAAAUGAUGUCAGAGACUUUAAACUUUUAAGAAAGGUUUCUAACUAAUUGCUUUAAUCUACCUAUAAUGUAGUAAGACGCAACGUGGCUCUUUUAUUUCAGACUGUGUGUGGUUAAGAGUUAACACUGAUUUAUUUUGAAUCAUUCAUGUAGUAGUUGGUAUUCUUAGAUACACUCAGACAGAAACGUGAUCUACUUCAUCCUCUCCUUAACAUUCGCUUCCCCAUAUAGCUUUAAAAAUCUAGUGAAGCUCUUUUAAUGUAAUUGGUGACAAUGUCACAUAAUGGAUGCCAUGAAAAAGUCAACUGAUGUAGCCUGGAUUUGUGAGCACUGUACUGCAAGAAUUACACAGUUUCCUAUAAGUUGUCAUUUGUCUCUCGUGCUGACUUGCUGUAGAAGCAUGAUCCCAUUAAUGCACUUCUGAUGAGGAGAAAAUGUGCGUGUUUCAAAGUAGCUCUGCACAGAAUGAAAACCUGCUUCUUGCCUGUACUUUGAAGAAUGGUGCUGUAUUAAUCAGCCUGUUAAUGUCACUUUGGAGUUUGGGGUUUUGUCUUGAUUGCAGAUUGGCCCAGAAUUGCAUUCUGAAUGAAUGAAUAAAGGUUAAAAAAGAAA